AUGGACUCAACGCGUACCAUUUCCGAACUGAAAUCCUCCUUCAUCCGGGCGCAGGUGCGUAUCCUGUCCGAAAGCCUCGAGGCUCCCGAGGAUUGGAGAAGCUAUGCCGCCGCCUCGGAGGAGGAUGACCUGAGCGAUAAGGUGGUCGGAGAUGUCCUACAAAAAUUAAACAGCGCAUUGAAACAGCAUAAUCGCAUUGUGUACUCCUCCCAAGCGAUCCAACAUGUCGCACAGCAAGUCGCAAGCCUCUACUGGACGUCCGUGAACGACGCGAUACGCGAUCAGAACUCAUUUGAGAGAGGUAUUGAAAAGACGGUCGAUUUGUCCAACCACUUAAACCUUACACAGCUCCCUGUGGAACUCGAGGACCAGUCCGCAAGCGAGGAGGAACGUCUUAGGUAUCAGAAGUUACGAGAGCGCUUGGUCACUCUUGAUGACCAGCGACAGCAGCGACGACGGCGUCUGGAACAAUUGCGCCGGUUACAGCGUCUUUUGGAACCGUUUCAGGAACCGCAGCAGAAUAUUCAGCCGAACCUUAUUACUCGGGAUGGCGAACUAGUGCAGGAAUUGGAGAAGAUGAGGAUGCUCGUUGCACGGGUAGGAGGUCGCAUCCAACAUAGCAAGAAACGCGGUAAUAGCCAGGAGGAUCCGACUUCGUAUCAGCUGGACUCGGACCAAAAGCUGGAAGCCCUCCUUGAUAUGAAUGGAUCCCGUGGGAUCACCACCCAGGAUAGCAGAAUGCUGACCGCCUUGGAUGGAGAUCCGGAAGAUCGGAGCUCAGCUUCCGAAGGUCCGGUGCUUGACCAUUUCAGUGAUAGCGGUAUUGCUGAAGGUGAUCCUGCUGAACACGCUGAACAUGCUGAACAAACUACCACGACUCCCACUUCCACCCGUACAGUACGAUUUCUUCUUCCCGUCUCUUUGACCCACUCUCCUGCUACUGUUACUGAGGCCGUUGUUGCCCCUGACCAGCCUAUCACCAUCGCCGAAACUACCUCGGAGACUCCCGCUAGGCGACCUUUCGUGCCUGGCCACCGUCGGCGUUCCACUCGCGUAAAUCGUCUGGACUUGGAGCGCUUCCAGAGGGACGUCUUAGGCAUCGACACUCCUGGCUUUGGAUUCGACGACGAUUCUUCCUUGCCCGCGGUUGACCCCUCUGUUGACCCUCAGUUGGAGAGUCUAAACCGUGACUUCGAAGCUGUCACUCGGUCCAUGAAUAGUGGCAGUACCCCCGACUCAGGUUCCUUCUUGAGCGGCGUCGAUAACGCGGGUAACCAAUCCAAUAUGACCAACGUACCUCGUCAGUCAAUGUCUCCCGCCAUGUCUCACACUCCUGGUCAGGUCAAUGGUGCUGGAAUCGCUGGUAUGAACGCGGGAAUUCCUCUGAAUGCUGGUCACCAAAUGGAUCUCCAUCACCUGUACGACAUGGUCUUGGAACUGAGCGAAGUUUUGAAGAACAAUCGCCAGAUGACACAGAGUAUCGUCUCCAGCGCUGAGGAGGUCAUGCGACGCUCUGCUUCGGAAGGUACCUCCCCAAGCUUGCAGCAUGUUAAUGGCGAGAUCUCCGCUGCCCGUAUAACCGAACUGGAGCGCGCCCUGGCCAGAGAAAAGCGCCUGAAUGAGGUCUUGCGAAACGAACAGGUGGAAAACACAAAGCUCAUCGGGGAUUACGAACAGGCAGUCGGUACAAUGGUUGAACAGAUCCGUAACUACUGCCAGAACAACAACUUGCAGUAUCUGGCGCAGAAACGGCACUACAACAAUCUUCUCCAAAACGAACGGGAUGCGCAUCUGCAGAGCCGCCUGGAGCGUGAUCACUGGCAUAACCAAACCAUGAAAUGUGCAGAGAUGAUUCGUACUGCCUAUCGUAUUCGAUGUGAAGAAGAGAAUGUGCCAAUCCGCGUCGUGACUGGGCUCCAAAACGAAGUCCGAGCCUACCGCAACGCUCUUGGUAUGGAGCCGGAGAGACCAGAGGAGGAGUACGGAUGGGAGAUCCUGAAGGAUGUGCCCGGAGGUCCUGCCCCUGGGGAGUAG